AAAAAAAAACAAUCCAAAACCCAUUUUUUUUUGUUUUUUGCAAAAAAAGAAAAGAAAAAUGGGGAAUUGUCAAGCGGCGGAAGCAGCGACGGUUUUGAUUCAUCACCCGGCGGAGAACAAGGUGGAGAGGAUUUACUGGUCAGUGACAGCGAGUGAUGUCAUGAAAUCCAAUCCUGGUCAUUACGUUGCGGUGGUGGUGACGUCACCUACGAUGAAGAACGAGAAAGGAUCGCCAUUGAAGCAGCUUAAGCUCCUUCGUCCUGACGACACUUUACUCAUCGGACAUGUCUAUCGUCUCGUCAGCUUCGAAGAGGUUUUGAACGAGUUUGCGACAAAGAAGUGUGUGAAGCUUGGGAAGUUAUUGAAAGAAGGAGGAGGGCUUGACUUGACGAAGAAGACGAAGAAACACAGGAAGAAGAAGCUGGAUCAGGAAACGGGCCGAGUCAACCCGGAUCCGAACCAAGAUGGAGCUAAUGAUGCGGUCACCGGAGAAAACGGAGGAGAUGGGUUUAUGAGGAGGAGCCACGGUGGAGGAAGAGAUGUUAGGCUUAAACAACCAGUCAAGAGUCAACUAACCCAAAUGAUAAGCGUUGAGCGAGUUUUAAGGCAAUGUACGCGCCCUGAAACCCAAAAGAAAUCGAUGGGUGAUUAUCGUCUUCUCCGAAACUCCGGCGUCGUUGUCGGAAUCAUCUUGCUACACUUUGCUUUCGUCUCUUUUGUUUCAUCUGAUGAACUUCAGUUUGUUGUGGGAGAAACUGGAGAGAUUCAAGUGACUCCUAGUUUAGAGGUUAAGGGUUCUCCUGGAUUGAAGCCAGAUAGAAUAGUUCUUUGUGAGAGGAUUCAUAUCCAUGGACUUAGAAGGUUUAAACAUAUAGACAAGUAUGCACAUUCACUCAAGUUGGUAGUUAACGCGUCAACCGCUGGGAAAACAAGCAGCAUUGACGUUUGCUUCCACCGGAAUUUGUCGCGUGCAAUUGGAAUGUGCCCUCAUAGUCGGUGGGAGAAAGCCUCUAAGGGUUCAUGGGUUCAGACAAUGUCACCCUUCGACCACAAAAUCCUUGAUGUUAGAGUAGCUAGCUCUAACAAGGUCACUUUGGAAUUGUCUGCUGUAGAAGAAUUAUUUAUGUAUCGCAUAGUAUUCUUAAUCCUUGGUGCUGUAUUACUGGUUUCGGCUUCUACACUGAGCCAAUCUUUAGCGUUUUACUACAGUAGUGCCAUGGCUGUUGGCAUUAUCCUUGUUGUGCUGCUUGUCCUCUUUCAGGGAAUGAAGCUUCUACCAACUGGACGGAGUUCGUUUGCAUUGUUCAUAUACUCAUCCCUGCUUGGUUUGGGUGGUUUUCUUCUUCGCUACAUACCCGGAUUGUUUCAAAGUCUGCUAACAGAGAUGGGAAUCGACGAAGAAAUGUACACACCUGUAGCGAUUUUUGUGGGGGCGUUUUUAUCUUUGGGUGGAGCAUUUUUCGGGUUUUGGACUGUGAGGAAACUUAUUCUGACAGAAGAUGGCUCCAUUGACGUUAGCACAUCACUAUUUGUUUCUUGGUGUAUCCGAAUUAUGGCUGCUGUUUUGAUCCUUCAGAGCUCCGUAGAUCCGUUGCUUGCUGGAGGAGCCCUGAUAUCUGUAAUUCUUAUGUCAUCGACUUUGAAGAAGAUCACCAGAUUGAAGUUCCUUCUACGCUUAUACGAGAUCCCAUUGAAUUUACUGCUAGGAAUCUGGGAGGCAAUUCGUGAUGCUGAUAUACCAUCCGUCCCAGGAUAUCUCCAUGACUUUAUGCGAAAGAGUCCCGAUGCUUCUGAAUUUCGCAACCGUGUUACUUUUGCGUCUCCAUCAGGAGGAGUCAACAACGGGAUGCGAGAAUCUCCACCGUCUGAAUCAGAUACAUUUCCUUCCUCUUUCCAUAAAACUCCUGAAAGGAGCCAACUAACAAAAGAAGAAUGGAAAAAGCUUACUAAGGAUAGCACAACAAAGGCCGUUCAAGAAUUGGUUUCUUCACCCGAUUUUGGAAAAUGGGCAGCAGUAAAUGCUGAUAGGAUCAGUGUAACACCAAGAAAAGGGUCUUCUAGCACAAACCGACCACGGAAAUGGCUGCGGUGGUUCUAACCAAGCCAGUUUUAAGUUUCAUACCGUUUAGAGAGAAAAGGAACUCUUUUGUAGAAAGAGAGAGAGCUCUUGUAGGUAAAGUUGCUUUCUUCUUUUAUGACUUGGUUAGUGUUUUAGCUUUUCUUUUUUGUGGAUGAGACCACGAUUUGUUGUAACGAUCCUAAUUGGUUUUUAGGUUGUGUCAUGUUUGUGUGUAGACCAAAUGCAAUGAGCAUUCUUUUCCUUUUAUUGUCUUUAAUGCGUUCUACUUUUUCAUGGUGAUGUGAAUCUUUUAAUAUGGAUACUAACUAAUAUUCGAAUAUUACAAUAAGAUUAUGAUUAUUUA